AUGUAUAGUCUAUUUAAUUCACCUCAAAAGCGCAAAGGCGCAUCACCUUCUAAAGUUGGUCUCAAUGGACUCUUUUCCGAUGAAAAUUGGAAAUGGGAAGGCAACUGCAAUCCAAGAUUACCAGCUGUAAAGUUUCAAGUUAAGAAAGAAGGGCCAAAUAAAGGUCGAUGGUUCUACACAUGUCAAGAACCAAAGGAGACAGCAUGCGGAUUCUUUCUAUGGGAUGAUAAAGCCAAGAGCAGAGAGAUGGGCGCGGUGUUAAACAAUACAAGAACAGAACCUCAUGCUCCCGACGCACGCGAACCGGUGACUCCAUCGAAAGAUAAAAGGACUUUAGAAGUGCAUGCUGUAGCUAGCAAUAAAUGGCUUGAAGAUCUUGGAAAGAAGGAAGAUGAUGAAUUUGGCGCAUGGCCCUUAACUCGAGAGGAUGAGGAGAAAGUGGUUAGGACGGUCGAGAGAACAGACCCUGGAAGUUUCCCAGAGACUCCAAGGAAGGAGAUAGAUAGCAGGACUGCGACACCAGGAAGCAAAAGAAAACGAGCUGAAGAAGAGGGUAAUGACGCUGGUGUGUAUCCUACGCCUUCAACAAAAGGUCCGCGAGAUGAAGAUAUUUUUGGCACUCCAUCUACAAGCCGUAAAAGAUUAAAUGGUCGCCCAUGGGAUGGCAAUGAACGAUCUGCUCUCUUUAGUCCGUUGGAGACACCUUCUCCCAUGCGAUUUAAAAACAUUACAAUGGAUGCACCUCCAAAAUUCAUGGCAUCUCCUUUCAAGAGCAGUACAGGGGAUCCGCAACAAAGUUACGACAUGACCGAGGAGAUUAUGGAUCUCCUAAAAGAUCAACAUAUCGACGAGGAAGUCAACGUCAAAUUACGCCAAAUGCUAACCAGGCAUGCGCUUAAAAUAUCCGGUAUUGUGAAGGGUAGGGAUAUCACCCGAGUGGCUCUAAAAAGUAAAGAUACGAAAAUCGCAGAGCUUCAACAGCGAAUCACGGCUCUGGAACAUAAACAUGAUAUGGAUCAAGCGGUGAUCAAGCGGCUCAGGGAUCAAAAUGCUGGAUAG